AUGGUUAUGCAAAGAUUUUUGUUUGAAUCCGUCGCGCAGAAGCUUUCUACAUUUCUCCACGACGAUCGCAUAAAUAGCAACCCCUUUCAUGAAUCCCCCCGCGCGGUCGGGUCCCCUGGGGAGAACCUUAAGACGAAGCAGAGGGAAGAAGAAUGGGUCAGCUUAAGCACCGAUGUGAAGGGGGACUAA